AUGGAGAACCAAACUUUAGAUUUGGAUGUUCUAAUUGUGGAGGGGUUAAAGGUCACGCCUCAGUCCUCCGUCCCUGCCUUCAUCCUCCUCCUCAUCAUCUACAUCUUCAUCAUGGUGUCCAACAUCGGCCUGGUGGUUCUGAUCAGCAUGGAGCGCAGCCUGCACCAGCCCAUGUACCUGCUGUUCUGCAACAUGAGCAUUAACGAUGUGUUCGGGGCCUCCACCAUCAUCCCGAGGAUCCUGAGUGACGUCUUCAUCCCCAUGUCUCAGCGCUUCAUGUCCUAUGAUGAGUGCGUCCUCCAGGCCUUCUGUGCUCACCUCCAUGCAUGCAUCGCUCACACCGUGCUGAUCAUCAUGGCGUUCGAUCGCUACGUGGCCAUCUGCAACCCUCUGCGCUACGCAGCCAUCAUGACCCACAGGAUGGUGCUGGGUCUGUCGGUGUGGGCGUGGUCGAUCUCCUUCCUGCUGGUGGGGAUCCUCAUCGGCCUCAGUGUGCGUCUGUCUCGCUGCAGGUGGUUCAAUGAUCAAAGAUGG